AUUCAUCAUCAUAAAUAAUUAUUAAUAUUACCUCAUAUACUCUGACAUAUUAAUAUAUUCUAUGAUGACCUUAUGAUCGAAUUUUUAAAGGUAACACAAUAUUCGCAGUGUGAUAUAAAAAAAAUUUGCCAAAUUUUAUCAUAUAAUUUAUUAGAUCAAAAAAUUAAGCUAAUUAAUGUACAAAAGAAUGACUGCCAACGGAAUAGCUAAUAAGAAAUUACCCUGCAAUACAAUAUGUAAUGUCAUCAAAUGUUGGCAAUGGGAUAUAUCUCCAUUUAUUGAGAAUGUAAAACAGAACAGCACCAAGUAUGCAGUUGUCAUUUUGAAUCGUCCCUUAACUCAAAAACAGGACUUUGUCAAGAGUUUGUGGAAUAAUGCCACAGUCAGAGUGACGGUAGAUGGUGGGACAACUCAUUGGAACAAUUUCUAUAAAAGCCUUGCAAAUGAAGACAAAAAGAAUAUCAGGUUGCCUGAUCUAAUAACUGGUGAUUUUGAUUCUAUCACCCAAGACGUUCUACAGGAGUUUAAAAAGAAAGGUUGUAAGGCUGUGCACACACCUGACCAAAACCACACAGACUUUACGAAGGCCCUAAUAGAAUUGAAUAAUUAUAAUGAACAGCAUAAAACAGAGUUGGAUCACAUAGUAACAUUAGGCCAGAACUCGGGCCGCAUAGACCAAAUUCUCGGCAACAUUCAGACACUUUUUCUGGUCAGAGAAAUGCACAUACUGCCGCCUAAAACAAAUGUGUAUAUCAUGUCUGAUGAUACGGUAUCCUGGCUUCUUUCGCCUGGCGACCAUGUUAUUUUUGUGCCAGAGGAGACCAGGACGUUUAAACGGUCGUGGUGCUCUUUGGUGCCUGUUGGAGAAAGUUGUGACGCGGUUACAACUAGUGGACUUAAGUGGAACUUGAAUAAUCAGCCAUUAAAAUUUGGCUCCCUCGUGAGUACGUCGAACACAUUUGAUCGAUCGGAAGUUGUUAAAAUAAAAUGUAGUCACACUCUACUGUGGUCAAUGAGAGUGCCAAGUUUAACUGAAAAGCAACGUUAAAGCUGUUUACAAAUAAUACUUAAGCCAAAUAAUGGAAAUGGGUUUCAUAGCGUUAGCUAUAUAUAAUAAAUUCAAUCAGGCAAUCAAAUCAAUCGACAUCCUUAUAAGUGUUAUCACUUCAUAUUACACCCUUAAAUGUAAACUUUUCAACAUUAAAAGACUCCAGCGUUAUUUAAUUUUUUUUAUUUAAGGGUACUUAGCAGAAGACAACGCAUUCUGCAUACGACUUACAAAUUAGUUACGGGUGCCUUAGCAAUCGCUAGCCACUAGGGUUCUUAAAAAAUAAAAAAUCCCUAGGUUAUAUGUCAAAAAAUUCGAUAAU